CCUCACAUAGCGCUCACCACAAAGAUAGCAUUAUGGCAAAUCCUUGCCUUGUAUUUUUGGCCAAUUUGGUCAAUUGCAAUUGACACGACCAUAUCUUUAUGGAGCUAAAUUGUCAUUAUGGGUGAGUAAAGGUUUAUGCAGGAAAUAUAAUGCCGACUGAGUCGUGGCAUUUUCUCGACAGCUUUUACAAACCAGUCGAAAUGAUAAGUACGAGUUGGAGACUGGUUGAUCGAACGUCAGCGUCACCAUGACUGCUUCUUUUAACCAGAGCCUUUUGAUGGCUCACUAAGGCAUUGCAUACCAGACCAGCAUUCAAUACUUAUGAAACGAAGAGGCCCACCACCACCUUUUGCUCCUCCACCGCCUGCGUUCGGCUAUGGUGCUCCCUCGAGAGAUUGGGAUGGUUACCGUCCAUAUCCUCGUCGCGGCGAUUACCCACCACCUCCACGUACUUACAAACGUGGUCGACCUAUGCCUUCGUCGAGACCCAUUAGAACAGAUUUGUUCGAAUUUCGGUUGGAAAAACUUGUUAUAGGCGACUAUAUUGCUGAAAGCGGAGAGCAGAACGAAGGAGAAGAUCGCUUGCGAUUUUACUUGAAAGAUAGCAGCAACGAUGCUUCCAAACCAGAUUCCAUCGCGCUAACGGUCAAAGACGGACAGCAGAGGAUUGUGAUAGAUGCCUCCAAUAUUGAAAGCAUCGAACUUUCUCAAAAAACUGGACACUUUCACUUUCGAGUAGAUGGAGAGUUCAAGCUCCAGAAACUGGAAAACGCCAACUUUGUUGAAUGUGAAGAAGAUCCUUCUGGAGGACAACUGGCAGCGGUUAAAGAGUUUGAUUGUUACGUGAACAUGAAAAAUCCAAUUACAAUGCCAAAGGAUACAGAGCCAAACAUACAGAAAUGGAGUGGCGAAACCUCGCGCUAUAAGGAGAUCAUAAAAGUUUUAGAUGCUGACGCGCCUAGAACGCUUGACGAUGUUAUCGCGGAUUGGGCAAGGACUUCCCCAGUUGGUCUGCCCUCAGAACGCCUGCUUUUUUCCAAAAUACAGCUGAAAAAGGAUGACCGGUUAUUUGAAAUCAUCAGUACUCUUGCCCACGCUGAAUCAGCUGUCGGCCCUGCUGUUGAUAUGUUGAUGAGGGACUUCAAAAAAACCGCAGAGGGUAAACUGACAAAAGAAGAAAUGGAAGACCGCAUCAAGUCAAUGGUUAUGGCGAUGCCGGAACCAGCUAUUCUUAAGAGUCUAGACAUAAUAUGGGCUAACGAGUCAGACAAGCUCUAGUAGCUUUUCUUCUGACAUCUUGUAACAUAAUUCAAAUCAUUAGACGAUACAAGUGAAAUAAACAGUAUCAACUGCUAAGCAAAAGCAACUACCG